CUCUCUGAUUGGCCAGGGUUGACUUGACUGUCACUCGACUCGUUUGAAGUGCCGGUUGUGGUGUGCUGCGGCCUUGCCGUAUGUCCGCACCUCGCUGGCGGCCAGGUCGUCUUUGACGUCGAUCAACUGCGCUAGUUGGUUUGCAGCCGUUCCGCGAAGCUGUUUCCAUCACGCAUUUACGCACCUCUGCAAUACUUUGUACAGGAGGAGCGAAGAAAUCCUCUUUUGAGAGAGGCGAAGGGAGGAGAAUGGAUUUGCCUCCAUCUGCUUGGUCGUACCUGGUACUGCUGCUCGUUCCUAACUAUCAACCUUAGUACGAUGUACAGCGAAAGUGUGCGAGCUGAGGGGUCUCUGCUCUACGGUAAGACUGGAUCCCAAGACAUAAAACAAGUUGGGCCUCUCCAAAAAUGCGUUGAAGGUGGCCACUACUACAGCCUUCCUUCGGAUUGCACUCUCACCGUAGAUCCGUAUUAGCACUCUCACCGCACCGCGUUCAGAUCAAAGUAAGCACCUACUAGUACAUACCGGCAGGCAAAGCCUGUCUCUUCUUCCCUCCGUUAUGAGUACUCGUAGCACCGAAGGGAGCAAUACGCUAGCUGUCGUGGCAGUCGCAAUAACAGAUAGUUCCCAAGUCGUCCAAGGCCUAUUUCUAUGCUUACCUAGAGCUAGCUAUAGUUGCCAGGCGAUUUAAGGCGCCAUUUCGAUGGUCUUUUUCUCUCCUCCUCUUCUCCUCACCCUCACAAAACUCCUUUGACAUCUGCACAAACUAGCUAGGUAUCAUCAAAAUCACUGCACUGUUCGAGACAUCAAAAUGGCAAGUUCUGAAUCUCAAUUGGCCAAGGCAACUCGCCGCUCCAUACAGAAGCUAUAUCCAAUCCCCACAGGCGCUAUCAUGUCUCGUGGGACGAACCCUCUCACUGUUCACUGCGUCGACGAUUGUGUCUUUGCUGGGGUUUGGUCUUUGAUUUAUGAAACCAUGUUUGUCAGGACUGCAUUGAGCAGGGAGACCAAGGAGUCUAUCGCGACACUUGUCGUCGAUCAAACUGGCCACCCGCUCUCCGUCGACCAAAAGGAAGCGUUGAAAGACCCACCGACAAGGCUGUCCAGCCAGGUCGCCAAGAAGGAGCGAAACGUCCAUAUCAGAGCCAUGGCCCAUGCCGGGAAUCUCUUGAGGGCGAUGGUAAACCUGAAGGCGGACGACGACUCGUCCACGGUGGCUUCCUCUAAUACUUGUACCGAAAGCAGUAGAAGUGGGAAAUCUGAAUCAAGGAACGGUGAGCGGGUAAGCAGUCACACGGAAAUGGCCAGGGCAGAAGCAGCCCUUGUGAUUGUUCUCUUCACCCACUUGAACCGUGUUUCAAACGCCCUCCUUGGUGAGGAAGUGCACCCUGAGCUGUUCUCGGGGCAGGCGCCUGCAGGAGGCGGUUUCGCCAAUAGGUUGACCUCCUUCUUUUUGGCUCGCACGGGAUGCACCAACCGGACCAAAUACGAAGCUGGCAUGACUACAUCUCUCCACGCUGAGGAAGUCGUUGCGUCGUUUUCACCUUUACCUCAAAACCUUGUCGGCGUUCUGUUGUCAGGCCAUGAACGUGCCAUUGCGUUGGCGCGCAUGUGUGACUGGGAGUCUACUUUCCGGAAAGAGACCCUUAUCAAGCGAAGCAUCAUGUCGAAGAGACUACUCAACUUCUUGGAGUAUCCCUCCACAAGGCCGCCCUCUCACCGCUUUUCCUCUGCUGAGAGUGUCGUCGAUUGGGUAGACACUGCUUUGCAAGACAAGUUGGAUUCCAUGAGAUACUUGAGCGAGACGAACAAGGCCAUUGGAAAGAUCCUCGUUUUGACCACGUACGCUCCAAAAAUGGUCCCCCAUAGCAUCCAUUGGCGUAGGCUUGUUGACUGCGUAGGUGAAUCCAUGGCCAGAUCCAUUGUGGUCUGGUGGUCCUUGCGCUCUGCUCUCCGUGACGCUAAAGGUCUUGACAGGGAAAUCGACGCCAAAACGAUGCUCCAAGUCUUGAGUCAGUAGAAGACUGCCCGAAAUUGUACUGGACAUAACUAGCUAAUAGUAAGGCCUUCACAUUAUUCUCACAUGGUCUUGUGUACACUUACUUAAUAAACUGAACGG